GCGCCUGUUCUGUUCCAAAUCGUGAAGCCAGUGAUUGAAUGACACGAAGGCUUGUUUUGGUUGGUUGAUAUGUACCCUUUGCUGCUAUCUAUUUUUCUUAUCACUCCCUCAAAGCAGAGGCCAGAGAGAAUGAAGGCUCUCUUCUUCCAAUUUCCCUCUCAGAUUUCAUCGCCUGAAACUCCCAACAUUAUCCCUCAAAACAAACUCCAAAUUGUAUCCAAUCACAAACCCAAUAAUGUUUCUUGGGUUUCUUCUUUACCUUCCUCUCAAGUGAUCCUUCACAAGUCUCUUCCUCUAGCUGCUGCUCUGCUUCUCUCUGCAGGUCAAGCUAAAGCAGGACUUAUGUCUGGAUUUUCUGGCCUGGAAUCAAUCCCUGGUCCCCAGAUUCCUCAAAUUGAUUUUCUUAACCGGUUCAAUGAAGAAAACCAGAAGAAGUACGCAGAAAAUGAUGCAAGAUUCAAAUCAUCUCCCAUACUUAAGGAGCUACUAGAACGAUCCAAGAAGAACAAAGAAAAGAAUCGUCAAGAACUGCUAGAUAAGUACUGCAUUCGCGGGGCAGAAUGGGGUGUUGGAGAUUGUUCAACAGAUGGAAUGUCGCCUGAGGAAAGAGAGAGCUUCAUUUCUAUGCUAAAAGAGAAAGCUGGAAUCAAAUAAUUGAAGCCAGUUUUAGUAAAUACAUUUGUUAGUUUUUCUCCUAAAUUAUAUUUGAGCCAGUGGGAAAUUAUUGCGUAGAUUUGAUUAUUGUGAAUCUCAUAACAUGAUAGCAUCUACAUAUAAUAUGAAAUAGGUGUAAUUGUGUGUUGAGUUUGCAAUAAAUGGGAUUUAAUUAGUAA